CCCCCGUGAUGUGCCCCGCCCACUCGCCGCAGACUUCUCACUGAGGGCCUGCUUCUCCUGCCCGCGGGGGGCCCCGGCUGACAUCUUGUCUGCAUGCAGGUGACUCACCCUGCCGUGUGACCGACGAGGAGGCGUCACCCGGAAAUCUCUCCCGCUCGGACGAUACUGAGGUAGAGAGCGCCGCCGCUCACAGUUCUCCCGGUCAGCAGCAGGACGCGGUGCAGUCAUGGCCGCUUUCAUCUCCGUGCCCCUCAAGAAGACGUCGGAGGUAGACCUGGUGAAGCCGCUCUCCAAGUUCAUCCAGAGCACGUACCCGUCCGGGGAAGAGCAGGCCGAGUACUGCCGGGCGGUGGACGAGCUGAACAAGCUGCGCCGGAGCGCGGUAGGUAGGCCGCUGGAUAAGCACGAGAGCUCGCUGGAGACCGUGCAGAGGUACUACGACCAGCUCUGCUCCAUAGAGCCCAAGUUCCCGUUCGCAGAAGGGCAGCUGUGCCUCACCUUUACCUGGAAGGACGCCUUCGAUAAGGGCACCCUGUUCGGCGGCUCGGUGAAGCUGGGCCUGGCCAGCCUGGGCUAUGAGAAGACCUGUGUGCUCUUCAACGUCGGGGCCCUGGCCAGCCAGAUCGCCUCCGAGCAGAACCUGGAUAAUGACGAAGCUCUGAAGGCCGCCUCCAGGUACUACCAGCUGGCCAGCGGGGCCUUCUCCCACAUCAAAGACACUGUGCUGUCCUCCCUAAACCGAGAGCCCACUGUGGACAUCUCCCCAGACACCAUGGGGGGCCUGAGUAUCAUCAUGCUGGCCCAGGCCCAGGAGGUCUUCUUCCUCAAAGCAACCAGAGACAAGAUGAAGGAUGCCAUCAUAGCCAAGCUGGCCAACCAAGCUGCUGAUUUCUAUGGAGAUGCCCUUAAGCAGUGCCAGUACAAAGACGCUCUGCCCAAGGAGGUGUACCCUGUGCUGGCUGCCAAACACUCCAUCAUGCAGGCCCAUGCGCAGUACCACCAGUCGGUCCUGGCAAAGCAGCAGAAGAAAUUUGGGGAAGAGAUUGGCAGGUUGCAGCACGCUGCUGAUCUGGUGAAAACCGUGGCCUCCAGGUACGAUGAGUAUGUCAACGUCAAGGAUCUGUCUGAUAAAGUUAGCCGUGCUCUGACAGCCGCCAAGAAAGACAAUGAUUUCAUUUACCAUGAUAGAGUACCAGACUUGAAAGACCUUGAACCCGUCGGAAAAGCUGCGCUUGUAAAAUCCACACCGAUCUCGGUGCCUCUGAGCCAGAAGUAUACCGACCUGUUUGAGAAGAUGGUGCCUCUUGCCGUGCAACAGUCAAUGAGUCUCUAUAACCAGAGAAAGGCAGAACUGAUCAAUGGCACGAUUGCCAGGAUGAGAGAUGCCACAACCUUAUGUAAUGGGGUCCUUGCCUCUUUAAACCUUCCAGCUGCAAUUGAAGAUGUUUCUGGCGACUCUAUACCUCAAUCUAUUUUGCAGAAAUCAAAGGCUGUCAUCGAGCAAGGUGGUAUCCAGACAAUUGACCAACUAAUCCGAGACCUUCCAGAGCUUCUCCUGCGAAACAGGGAAAUUCUGGACGCAUCGCUCAAGUUUCUGGACGAGGAAGAGGCAACUGAUAAUGAUCUGAAAUCAAAAUUCAAAGAGAGAUGGCAAAGAACACCUUCUAUUGAACUGUAUAAGCCUCUGAGAAGUGAAGGUGCCAACAUGAGUAAUAUUUUGGAUAAAGCCAUUUCAGCAGAUGCUGUUGUGAAAGAUCGCUAUCAGUCUCAGCGUGAAGCCAUCGCCAUCUUGUGUAAGGGAGAAGCUGAUCUCAAUGCAGCCAUUCCUUCUGCCAACCCUGCAAAAACCAUGCAAGGCAGUGAGGUUGUACUCUCCUUAAAGUCUCUGUUGGCCCAGUUGGACGAAGUAAAGAAAGAAAGAGAGCAACUUGAGAAUGAUAUUAAAUCUGUUAAUUUUGACAUGACAACCAAAUUUCUCACUGCUUUGGCCCAAGAUGCAGCCAUCAAUGAAGAAGCCCUGUCGGUGACCGAGCUUGAUCGAAUCUAUGGAGGCUACACUGACCGAGUGCAGAAGAACCUUACAAAGCAGGAGGAGCUGAUUGGUCAAAUUCAAGUUGCUCACCAGGAAUUUUCUAAGAUGAAGCAAUCAAACAGUGAGGCCAACUUAAGAGAAGAAGUCUUGAAAAAAUUAGCUGCAGGUCACGACAGCUACAUUGAACUUGUAGCUAACCUAAGAGAAGGCACAAAGUUCUACAAUGACCUUACUGAAAUCCUGCUGAAAUUCCAAGGUAAAUGCAGCGAUAUUGUUUUUGCCCGGAAGACAGAAAGAGAUGAAUUGCUGAAGGAUUUGCAGCAAAGUAUUGCAAGAGAGCCAAGCGCACCAUCAAUGCCGGCUGUACCAAGUUACCAGAGUGCUCCGACAGGUCCUGCUACUGGUGGCACAUCAAGCAUUCCAACACCAGCUCCAAGGACUGUCUAUAACAACAAGCAACCUCCACCACGUCCUCCUCCUCCAGCAGUCCCCACAAGUGCUCCAAUCCCUGUUAGUGCAGCUCAGAAUGUGAACCCUGCCCUAGCAGGUGCUACAGCUCCAGCACCUUCACAGCCUCUGACUAGCACUGUCCCAUCACAGGCACAAGGUCCUCCAUUCCCCACCUACCCAGGAUACACAGGGUAUUAUGGGAUGCCUAUGCCUGUUGGCUAUAAUCCAUAUAUGUAUGGCCAAACCGUUCCACCCUACCUAUACCAACCACAGGCUGGUCAGGCACCUUAUCCAACUCAGCCUUCUGGUUUCCCAUGCCCACAGCCACCUUUCUUCCCACCUCAGCAAUAAGUGUGUAGACAAAAUAAAAAAUACCAAGAAAAUGGAAAGUCUCUUUUAGUGGCAGUAAGUCCCUAAUUCCCGUCUUCUGAGAACUGUUUGAGCUAAACUUCUGAUAGCACUAAGCCAUUUCUGCCUGAGACGUGAUCAGAACUGAAGGGACUUGAGCUCGAGCUCAGAGAUGUGCAGAUAUCUCCGGUAACACUAUGCUCUUUCAUAUAUAAAAAUGGUUGUUUAGUUCUCUAUUUUUCUUUCUCUAUUUUUACUCUUUCUUUUACAUUUAGUUAUUGUAUGCUAUUUUGUCUAUUAAUCAAAAGCCUUGUAAAUCAUAAUGAGAAUAAAUGUAAAAAUAAAUCAGAACAACGUAUGAGAA